AUGGCGGCGGAGAAGCUGCGCAUGGAGAAGAAGCGGAAGCGCCGCGCGGCCAGCGCCAAGGAAGAUACGAAGCAACAGCAGACCCGGGCGGCGAACUUUACUCCCAUUGACAAGUUGAAAGCGAAGGCAACGGCGGCGGCGAUGAAAAAACAGUACAACGUCAUGGAUUACUACAAGGACGAGGGCUGGGCGCAACAGAUUGCGCGCCAUCCGAUUUUCGACAACGUCACCAUCCUGGUGGUAAUGGCAAACUCCAUUUGGCUGGGAAUCGACACCGAUUUGAAUACGGAGCCCAUUCUUUUCCAUGCUCAUCCUGCAAUUAUUGCUGGAGAGAACUUUUUUUGCACUUACUUCACCUUUGAAAUCCUCGUCCGAUUUCUGGCCUUCCAACGUAAGUGGAAGGCCUUGAAAGACCCGUGGUUCACCUUCGACCUCUUCUUGGCGCUUUUGAUCAUUGUCGAAACCUGGGUGACGCCCACCGUGCUAUUGAUGGCAGGCGGUUCCAGUGAACUUCCCGAGGGCACAGUGCUGCUAAGACUCAUUCGACUGGUCAGGUUGGUUCGACUCACAAGGCUCACGCGACUGCUGCGAUCCUUUCCCGAGCUGAUGAUCAUCGUCAAAGGUCUAGCCUUUGCUGCUCGAUCCGUUUGUGUCUUCUCCCUCUUGUGGGCCAUCAUCACCUAUGCCUUCGCCAUCAUCUUGCGUCAACUCACGGAUGGAACGAGCAUUGGCACCACGUUCUUCAAGACGGUGCCGGAGUCCAUCAACACGCUGCUGCUCCCUGCAGUCUUUGGAGCCAACGCCGAGGUGAUCAACUCCAUCAGUGCGGGCAAUCCGGGGCUGUGGCCUCUGAUGGUCUUCUUCAUGGCCCUGGUCUCAGUGACCAUCAUGUACAUGUUACUGGGCGUCCUGGUGGACGUCAUUGGUGCAGUGGCAUCCACCGAGAAGCAGAAGAUCGAAAUCACUUACAUUGUGGGACGCUGGGUGUUCGCGGCAUAUGCUGGGCUUUGGGAAGUAGCCUCCCUAUUAAAACGUUUGCAUCGUGGAAAAGCCCCGGAAAUGUAG